CCUAGCAGCCUGUUAUCUCAUAUAUAGAGAGGAAGAGCGGAACAUUCCCUGACUUAACUAGCCAGAGAAAUCUGUUGCACUGUGGCUACCAGCUGUCCCUUGUGGUGCAGGUUUGAGCCCCCCUCAGAGGAGAGACAUGUGGCGAAGAACAGGAGCGGCCACCGCAGGAAGUGACAGCAGGAUCCCCUGAGCUCAAAAACAAAGGAUAACCACCACCGAUCAACGCGGGGACAAGGAGACGUGAGCCCAGGGGAAUAUCAACCAUGUUGACACUAUGGAGAUUGUUGCUCUGCCAGAUGGCACUGAACAUAUUCUAUCACAUCGCAAAAGCCAGUUUAUGCCUUGGUGGUCAAGACAUAUUUGCCACGGUCCGAGAGAACAGUCCCACUGGAGAGAUCAUAGCCAACCUCAGUAUCAACGGAGACCCUGGAGCCAGUAGCAUCCGCCUGUGUCUCACGGGAGAAAACGCUGACUGGUUUUACCUUGAAGGCCGAACAAUCCGACUCAACUCGUCGUUUUCAAGGGCCUUGGAUCGAGAGGUGCUGGGAUCAGUUCUGAUAGCUGCUUUGACAUGUUAUGAAGAUGAUAUAAUUAGGAGUCGAUAUCGAAUUAUGGUGGAAAUAUUGAAUGAAAAUGACAACAGGCCAUAUUUCCUUGAGGACACCAUUCAACCACGAUAUAUAAGUGAGUUGCUAACUGUAAAUUCGAUGGUGUUCACAGUAAAAGCUAGAGACGGCGAUGGAGACACAAUCACUUAUAUGACCGACAAAUCUACAGCUGAUGCCAGCUAUUUUAGGAUUGAUCUGCCCAACAGCGGGAUGGUGAUCCUGGAUAAACCGUUGGACUAUGAGACUAAAACCCAGCUGCAGGUGGUCAUAUUUGCUGUGGAAACGACCACAAAAGAAAAGUACAGCACAACAGCUACGGUCACUGUGAACGUUCUAGACGGUGAUGACCAGUAUCCUCAGUUUCAGCCUUGUGCACCUGUUUAUGAAGAUGGAGAUCAUAAUAUCUGCACUAACCCUGUGUACAGUGUUAACAUCACAGAGACAGAUGAGGAUGCUGUACUCUAUUUUUCUCCGGGGCCUAUUCAUGCUGAAGAUGGAGACAAAGACAUACUGACUCCUCUAGUCUACAGUAUUCUGUCAGGAGAUGACGAUGGCAGAUUUACAAUCGACUCUAAAACAGGAGAGAUCUCUCUCAGCCAACGUGUGGAAAACAGACUCGUCACACCUUCAUUCAGGCUCCGCAUAAUGGCUGCGCAGGUGAACGACCCAAAGAAAUAUUCGGUGGCGACGGCACUGGUGCAUGUGGUGUCAGAGAACCGAUUUCCUCCAUUCUUCAACAAGACUGUCUACAAAGGGUUCCUCAUUGAGAGCUUCAGCCCUGCCACGCUGGUCACUACCUACGGGAACCAAGUCCUGGUAGUCCAGGCUAUCGACAAGGACUUCAGAGAUGGAAUAAACCCAAAAAUACAUUACACAAUGCAGCCCUUGAUGGGUAGCAAUAAACUGUACCACAUUACCCAGGAUGGCAUUGUGAUUGCAAAGACGGACCGACUCAGAGCAUUCGACCGACACAUCCUGGAGGUGAUUGCAACAGAUGAAGAGUCAGGUGAAACAGCCCAUGCUUCAGUGGAUAUUGAAGUGCUGCAGAGGGGACAACCAGUUCCCAGAAGUCCAUUUGGUGAGGAACGUCUGUUUGGAGAUAUUAACGCAGGGAUGGCCGGCGGCAUCGCUGCCCUUGUUCUGAUAGUGGCUGUGACAGUACUAUUUCUCUUCAUCUGGCUGGCCAAGAGACGGAGAGAGACACGGGAUCCAGCAGACAGGGGUGCAGUAGCUCUUGGGAAACACCCAAAUGUGGUCAAUUCAGGACGUCCCAUAUCGCUCAUAGAGGACGCCUCCUACCACAACGAGGCAUUCAUUGAUCAUGAAUACCCCAGUGAUUUGUACACCAAAACAGAUGACAUGCUUCCUGCGUCAAUCAGGGCAUACGAGUCUGAAAGGCCUACGGCACUGCAAGACAUGCUGCCCAUCCUGGUGCUUCCAGAAAUAACACCUGCAAACACCUCAUCUUCAGCUCUGACCAAUGGGAAAGCAUUUGCAAAAUCAGUCUCUUUUAAAGAUGACGUAAGAGCAGCGGAGGAGACUUUGCCCAAAAAUGAAGGACAAAUCGUAGUCGUAUGUAAUCAAAUAGAAACCAGAGCGGAUAUUUUGAUGCCUGUCAUGCAGCAGGAUACUUUUGCUACCGCUCCAGCAGAAAAUCCUGCAGAAAAGGUUGACGUUAGUUGUCCAAAUACUUCUGUAAGACCCAGAGAGGAAUGUAUCUUCGGUCAUGCUAAUGAGGAUGAUGAAGAUGACGAUGAUCCAUACAAGAAAAUGGCCUCUGUUAUUUACAGCAGUGAUGAAGACACGGGGGACGAUGAGCCAAAUGAUUUAAGGCACUAUUAUAAACAUGGGCAAAACCAGUUUACAAUCGACCACAUGAAGGCCAUCGGAUUACAAAUCGAGGAAUCGGAUGAAUCGCAAGCCUGAUUCGUCAAUUUGAACAAGUCGCUUCCAUGAAAAGCCAAACCUUACAAGUUUAAACAAAGGGAAAAUAGCAAGAAAAAUAACAGGCUCUUUAAAUAGGACAUACAUAAUAUAUAUUAUCAAACUCUACAGUUGGUUGAGAACCUGCUUUUCAAUUUUUGGUUUAUAUUCCAUGUUUUCCUCAUGUUGAACUGGUACAGAAAUACACAGAAAAUACUGUGCACAUGAUCAGCCUUAAUUAAGAAUCAGUUUAAAUGAAGUUUUGAUGACUGUGUCUUUGAAAAAUUAAGUUUUUGAAUAUUUCAUCCACCUAAUGUAUUUUUAAGAUAUUCUGACUGAAACUGAGGUCAAACCCUG